GAUGAUAUACGCUAACCUGAUUUAGCUACCUCGGCAUGAGCCACUGCGAAGUGGGGUCGUGCUGAACAGCCUCAACUCCUCAUCUCCUUUUCUCUCCUAGACGCCUUUAACGAUCCCUCUUAUCAACAUACACACUGGCUGAGUUGGAGAGCUCGCUAGUGAUGAAGAUGCCAACACAUCCUUACCAACAUCUGUACCCGAAGGACGCGACAUCCAUGUGCCCACUUCACAGCGCUGAUUCGCGUGGUACAACAUGCUGCAGUCAGCUUUCGCUGUUGCAUGUUGCAGACAGCCAUGGUCGAUAGCGUAAUAGCGCGCUAUCCUCGUUCUGAUCAAGCCCUUUGGGUAUACAUGUGCGCAAGCCGCCGGCGCGUCGUACAUAAUGGAGUGCGCAACCCUCGCUAUUAGCCCUCUAUCAAUCCUGUCUUCGGUAUCUACAACAUGGCUUCCUUCGAACCGGAGUUCGAUCAAGCCUACAAUGACCUUGCUUCGUCCCUCAAAAGCUCCACAGUGCUGAAAUAUCAUCCGGAGUACAGAAAUCCUCUCAGGGUAUUUGCCAUCCCCGAGCGCGUCAUUCAAUUUCGAGUGAUCUGGGAGGAUGACAACAACUGUGUGCAAGUCAACUACGGUUAUCGUGUACAGUUCAACUCAGCAUUGGGGCCAUACAAAGGCGGUCUAAGGUUUCAUCCGUCUGUCAACCUUUCUGUACUCAAGUUUCUGUCGCUGGAACAAACGCUGAAAAAUGCUUUAACGGGAUUAAAUCUCGGAGGUGCCAAAGGAGGAUCAGACUUCGAUCCCAAAGGCAAAUCUGAUCAUGAGCUUCGCCGUUUUUGCGUGUCAUUCAUGCGCGAACUGAGCAAGUACAUCGGUGCUGAUACGGACGUGCCGGCAGGCGAUAUGGGCUGUACACGACGCGAAGUAGGGUGGAUGUUCGGCGCGUUCAAGGCGGCAACUACAAGAUGGGAGGGCUGCAUCACGAACAAAGGCGAUGCGUUUGGUGGAAGUCUGAUGAAGCUUGAGGCAACUGGUUUUGGACUAGUUCAUUACGUGUCUUUGAUGAUCGAAUACGCUUCCAGUACCACCGAAUCUAUGCUCGGAAAGAAGGUUGCGAUCUCAGGCUCUGGCAAUGUCGCACAGUACGCCGCCAUCAAAGCCAUUAAUCUUGGUGCAGUCGUCCUUACUCUCUCCGACAGUAAAGGCUUGCUGAAAGCUGUGUCUGAUGAAGGCUUUACAAAAGACGACGUAGCACUCAUUGCCUCAAUCAAGGGGAAACGUCUCCCGCUUUCCAAUAUCAUGGCAAUGGGACAGGGUCAGAGGUUCGAGUACCUCGAAGGCGAAAGACCCUGGAAACAUGUGAAGGAAGUUGACAUUGCGUUACCCUCUGCUACGCAGAAUGAAAUGUCCAAAGACGAAGCGGAAGCACUGAUGUCUGCUGGCUGUCGCUUCAUCGCCGAAGGCAGCAAUAUGGGCUGCGCGCAAGACGCUAUUCAACUUUUCGAAUCGCGCAGGGCAGAUGAUCCGAAUGAACGUGUGUGGUUUGCUCCAGGUAAAGGUGCCAACAUUGGCGGCUCGGCAGUAUCAGGGCUCGAGAUGGUGCAAAACAGUCAGCGCCUCACCUGGCCGGCCGCACAGGUCGAGGCUGAACUGUAUCGUAUUGUCGAAUCAUGCUUUCACAGUGGUAUCGAAGCUGCCAAAACUUAUACCGACAUGCGCGCGGAAGAGUUGCCAAGUCUCUUUGUAGGGAGUAACAUUGCUGGCUUUGUCAAACUGGCGGAUGCAAUGCAUGCCCAAGGAGAUUGGUGGUAAGUCAAAGUAUCAGGCAUUCAAUAAUGAGUGACUACGAGAGUAUUGCGAGAUCAUAUUAUUCAUUACUAGAACAUCG